GACAAGGGCCAGGGCCCGCCCGGCUCAGGCCAGAGCCAGCAGCACAUCGAGUGCGUGGUGUGCGGGGACAAGUCGAGCGGCAAGCACUACGGCCAAUUCACCUGCGAGGGCUGCAAAAGUUUCUUCAAGAGGAGCGUCCGCAGGAACUUAACUUACACAUGCCGUGCCAACAGGAACUGUCCCAUCGACCAGCACCACCGCAACCAGUGCCAAUACUGCCGCCUCAAGAAGUGCCUCAAAGUGGGCAUGAGGCGGGAAGCGGUUCAGCGAGGAAGAAUGCCUCCAACCCAACCCAAUCCAGGCCAGUACGCGCUCACCAACGGGGACCCCCUCAACGGCCACUGUUACCUGUCGGGCUACAUCUCUCUGCUGCUGCGCGCGGAGCCCUACCCCACCUCGCGCUAUGGCAGCCAGUGCAUGCAGCCCAACAACAUCAUGGGCAUCGAGAACAUCUGCGAGCUGGCCGCGCGCCUGCUCUUCAGCGCCGUCGAGUGGGCCCGCAACAUCCCCUUCUUCCCGGAUCUGCAGAUCACCGACCAGGUGUCCCUGCUCCGCCUCACCUGGAGCGAGCUGUUCGUGCUCAACGCGGCGCAGUGCUCCAUGCCGCUUGCAAAUACAGUGUUUGUUCACUACACAAUCCAGGUGCUCCUUAAGGUUUCUGGUUGGGGUCAUUUGUUGGGAGGGGGACUCCACGGAGCCUUUAAGAACUGCCUUCAGGCUGCACAUUCAGGGCUCCUGAACACCCAGAAAGCAGGGGGGAGUGGGGCCAAAGUCCUCCCCUUAAUGAGCACAGUGGAAGGAUGCUCCCCUGCAGGCAGAGGACAGGUUGCUACCACAGCAAACAUGGCUCCAGCACCGUACUUACUUAAUCCAAAGGUGAACGAGGAAAAACAAAGGGACAAGAGAGGUUGCUGCCUCUGCAUGUGUGUGCUUCUCUCUCCAGCUCCCCUAGGCUUGGUGGGGGGUUGGUUUAUUUUAUUUGUUUUGGGGCUGGUGGAAGAGUGGGGAAGCAUGGAUGGGUGGAUUUCUUUCAUUUUCUCUUCUAUUUCUUUUUUUCUCCUUUUCUCCUCAAAAGAUUAUUUUAAUGGCCUGUUGUUUGUGCUUUUGCUGUUCACGGACCUAACCAUGUGCCCACUCCCCUUGUCUUUCCUUCCUGUGGCUGCUUGGGCAGAUGCCUGUGGCCUGUCGGAUGCCGCCCACAUCGAGAGCCUGCAGGAGAAGUCUCAGUGUGCGCUGGAGGAGUAUGUGAGGAGCCAGUACCCUAACCAGCCCAGCCGCUUCGGCAAACUGCUGCUGCGCCUGCCCUCCCUGCGCACAGUGUCCUCCUCAGUCAUCGAGCAGCUGUUCUUCGUCCGUUUGGUAGGUAAAACCCCCAUCGAAACUCUCAUCCGUGAUAUGUUACUGUCUGGGAGCAGCUUCAACUGGCCUUACAUGUCCAUCCAGUGUUCCUAAUCCUUGGGCACUUCCCACCUGCCCCCACCUCCUUAGAGACUCAGAGGACCUGCGGGGGCCAUGGACUCCAAAGCCUGGGGGACCAGGCAACUGAUGCGGGGCAGGCUGGGCAGGGGGGAGGAGGGCCGGGAAGGCAGGAGCAGCCCACCCUACAGAAAUGCAACCCAAGCUACAAUCCAGGAGAAAAAGAGACUCUUUUAGGAUCAGAUCUGUGAACACAUUGGAAAGGAAAGGAAAAGGACCUUGUGUCUGGUGAGAAAAAGAAAACAAUCUUUGGAAGAGAGGACCAUGAGAAUUUUAAUAAAACAGAAGGAGACUAAUGGACCUUCCAGGAUUUAUUGUGGACGGAUGUGGAUAUAUUCUGUACAGAAAACAACACAUGGAAGUGGACUGAAUCCUAUGUAGAAACACACACGCACCCCCAAACAUGGUUAUUCAUUUUGUAAGAUACUAGUCUUUAUUUUCAUUUUUUGUAAAAUUUAAACAUCGUAUGCACAUAAAAAAGGAAACAAGAAUUAGGGGAAAAUAACAUUUUCCAAAUAAUUAUAAAAAAUUGUCCUGUGUCUAUGUAUCUAUAUCUGUUUUGUAUUUUUUUCUGGUUCCAAACCAGAUUUCCUGUGAUUCUAUACUAAUAAUUUUUGAUAUAACCCUUUGCUUCUUAUAAUGAGUGCGAUAUAUGUUGUCAAGGCUGUUCUUCAAGAAUUAAAAUUGAAGUGAAAAUUUAAACAAAAAUAAAAGAAUUUAGCAAAACCCA